AUGUCUGAAAAAGAGGCAAAUGCACGGCCUGGCAUCCGUGCAACGCCUUCUGAGAGCAACUUUUCUCUCCAGGUCCGAGAUGAAAUUAAUGAUCAGUUGCAAACUACAUUUGACGACUUAAUUGGCGAUAAAAUUCAAGCAAUGCGACUCAAGAAGCAAACAGAAGAACAGCAAAAGGCCAUUGAGAAGUUAAAAACGAUAAAUCAGAAGCUUAAGACAGAAUUGUUAGAAAAGAACAAAAAUUUAAAUCUCGUUUUGAAUUUAUUUGAUAUUCCCGAUCAAAUUUCUCUCGAAGAACUAGAGAGAAUGGUCAAAAACAUGAAACUACAUAGCGAUUUUUAUGAUUUGAUCGCAAAAGCAUUCGGAGAUAAAUCUGAAGAUAAUAAGGAUUACUCUCCAAUUAUUGCUCAGCUUCUUAAAAUUUUUGGAGAUCUCAAGAACUCGCUUCAAACAGAUGACGAUAAAAUUGCCUCUGUUGUUUCUAAUCUUUUACAAGAAAAACAAUUAUACCAAAAACAGCUUGAAAACAUCACAAAAACCAUUAACUGCAAAGAUGCAGACAAAAUACCUACGCUGUUACAAGAAUUAAUGCAAAAUAAACUUAAUUUGGAGAAAGAAAAUAACAAAUUAUCGACUCAACUAUCGAGUUUACAAUCGAGUUCAUCAGAUAACAUUUCCAAUCUCAAAAAGGAACGUGAUGAGUUAGUUUCAAUCAAAUCCGGGAUUCUAACGGUUCUUGGGUUGAAAAAUGAUAAUCAAAUCGAACCUACAAUCAACAAUUUAUUGAACAGCCAUAAAAUACUACAGCAAGCAAUCUCAAGUCUUGGCUGUUCUCCUGAAAAAACACAUGAAACAAUCAAACAGUUAAUUCAACAUCAUCAGAACUUAAAAGAACAACAAGACGCCAUUACAAAGAUGUUAAAAUCAAAUCCUUCAGAAAUACCUUCACAAAUCCAAAAUUUGUUAGAUGCCAAAAAUUCCUCUGAAAAACAAGCAAAAAAUCUUAAAUCAGAGCUAGGAAAAACGACAAACAAACUAUUAGACGCACAAAACGAACUAAAUGAUAAGGCAAAUUCAAUCAAAAAUCUUGAAUACGAAAAUGAUCAAACAAAACAAACAGUUAAACGCUUAAAUGAGCAAUUGGCUGAUGCUAAUAGGAAGUUACAUGAGACAGAGGUAUCUCUUGAAACCACAAAGUCUCAACUUCAACAAAAUGAGAAUCUUAAGUCAUUAAUUCAAUCCGAAUAUGAUAAUUCCAGGCAGCACUCAAACGAACUUGUUGAGAAACUUACUCAAGAACUCACUUCCAAGUCAGAAGAAGCAACAAAAUUGAAAUCUCAAGUUUCAGAGAUGCUUUCAAGGAUUCAACAAGCAGAAAACACUAAACAAGCAUUGCAAUCAUCCAUCGAAACAACUCGUAAUAUGACAAAUAACAUGAUUGAAGGUCUUCAUAAUGAAUUGAAUUCAAAGAACGAUGAAAUUGCAAAAUUACAAGCCCAAAAUGCUACAUUGCAUAGGGAAUUCGAAAUAUCACAGGCCAAGCUCCAACAGACUGAAACACAAAGAAAAUCUUUACAAGAUGAUUUAGAUUCAACACAAGAUCAGCUAAACGACACAGAAUCCAAACUUUCAACAGAAAUCAGUACCAAAGACAAAGAAAUUGCCAAUCUAAAGAAUCAAUUAGAUUCUGUAAAUAAGAAGAACGAAGAAAUGGAAAUCCAACUCGAGUCAUUUAAUGCCAAGGCCAAACAGUACCAGAAUGACUUCAAAUCAUCUCAACAGAAGCAAACUGAACUCGAAAACAAGCUUCAAAAUGAAAUUGCACAAAAAACAGAAACAAUCGCGAAACUUCAAAGCAAAAUCACUGAAUCAAAGAGGAAACAAACAGAUACAGCUAAUUUAUUGGACCAUACAUCGAACCAACUAAAGAUUCUGCAGUCAGAAUACGAAGCAACUAAAAAGAAUCAUUCCCAGGCAAUUAAAGAUUUAUCAGCAGAAAGUAGUGAAAAAACAAAAGAAAUUGGAAGGUUAAUGAAUGAAGUUUCUGCUGCAAAAAGAGCACAGCUUGCAUUAGAAAACAGUAAACAAACAAUACAAGCUGAAUACGAAGCUUCUUCUAAACAUUCUUCUGAAUUAAUUGAAAAUCUUAAGAAUGAAAAUUCUCAAAAAGUGGCAGAACUCGCGAAAAUGAAGGCAGAAAACGAAAACCUCAAGAGAUCAAAUGACGUAAAUAAUCUCAAAUUGAAAGAUAACGAAACAGCCUUGCAAAUACUUAAAUCAGACUUGGAAACAAUUAAACAAAAGAAUAAUGAAACGAUAGGAAAACUGACAUCAGAAAUUUCGGAGAAAAGUAAAGAGAAUUUGGAUUUAAAGAGUAAUUUAGCGGAUAUGACAAGACAAAAUACGGAACUUAAUUCGCAAGUUGAAACUCUAAAAUCACAAAUUUCUCAAAACGAAGUUCUCAAAAAAUUGAUGGAAAACGAAUACGCGAACAACAAAGAAGAAACCCAACAAUUCCUGGCGAAAGCUGUACAAGAAAACACUGAGAAAACCAAAGAAAUCAAUGAUUUGAAAGCGGAAAUUUCGAAUUUAUCAUCAAAGAACCAACAAAUGAAUUCUAACAUUGAUUCUUUGAAUUCUCAAGUUUCAAAUCUGACAAGUUCUAACGAAGAACUCAAAAACAACUAUCAGAAACUUGUUGAAAGCUCUGAACAGACAAUACAAGGUAAAAUUAAAGAGAUUUCGGAUCUAAAAGAAAAGAAUUCGAAAUUAAAUUCUAACAUUUCUCUGAAAGAUGCAGAAAUUGCUGAGAAUACGAAGAAUUUAGAAGCUUUGCAUGAGAAUGCUGCUAAAAAGGACUUAUUAGUCAAACAAUUACAAGAACAAAUAAGAAAUGAUAAAAAUGAAAUUGCAAAUUUGACACAAACUUUAGACGAAACUAAAUCAUCAUUAAACCAUGACAUUAUUGUUCUUAAGAACUCUAAUGACAUAAAGGACCAACAAAUACAGUCUUUGAAUGAUCAUAUUAACUCAUUGAAUGAUACAUCAAUGAAUGCUGUUAAUGAACAAAUCAAUGCAAAACAAAAAUUGUCAGAACAAAUUACACAAUUAGAAGAUGAAAAUAACAAACUAAAUAAUCAAUUGCAAAGUGAUAAAAUAGAGAUAUCUAAACUUAAUGUUGCUUUGGGAGAAAAGGAUUCUUUGGCUGCUGCAAAACAAAAUGUAAUUGAUGAACAAAAUGUAACAAUACAAAAACAAAACAAGAAAAUUGCUGAUUUACAAGGAGAUAUUGGUAAAAUGAACAUUUCUCAUGAAGAUGAAAUAGCAAAUAUCAAACUACAACAUGUAAAAGAGAUCUCAGACAUAAAAGCACAACAUAUCAAAGAAUUGGCUGAUAAAGAACAAGAAACAAAGAAAUUGAUUGAAUCAAUCAUUUCUGAUAAUCAACAGAAGUAUUCCCAAUCAUCAAAUGAGUUACAGGAUAAGUUAAAUAAACUCAUGAGUUCAUCACAAGAAAUAAUUUCUGAAAAACAAAAAGAAAUUUCUGAAAUGAAAGAAAAACAUCAAAAUGAAAUGUCACUUUUACAAAAUAACUUAAGAAGUGAAAAAGAAAAUCUUAGAGCAGAGAAAGACAAAGAGAUAAGUGAUCUUAAGGAUAAAUAUGACUUAGAACUUUCAAAUCUGAGACUUAAAUUAAAUCAGUUGAAUUCUUCAAAAGACAAAGAAAUUUCUGAUUUGAAUGAGAAGCAUCACAAUGAAAUUAGUGAUUUGGAGAAGAACUUGAGAGAUGAAAUGAACCAAAUGCAACAAGCGAAGAAAGAUGAGAUAAAUGAACUAAGAGAGAAGCAAAGACAAGAAUUAUCUCAAAGUAGAACUGAAUACAGCCAAUUACAACAAAAUUCUGCAAAAGAAAUUUCUGAUUUGAAUGAAAAACAUCAUAACGAAAUGAAGGAUUUACAGAAUUCUUUCAAACAAGAAAUGGAUAAACUACAAGAUGCAAAAACUAAAGAAAUACAAGAGUUGAAUGAUAAACUCAAUCAGUUACAACUCAGUAAGUCAAAUGAAAUUUCUGAGUUGAAAGAAAAACAACAAAAUGAGUUUUCUUUGAAAUCCAAAGAAAUUUCUGGCAUCAAACAGAAACAUCAUCAAGAAAUAGAUUCGUUAAAUGAAAAACAUCUUGAAGAAAUAGAGAAUAUGCAAGUAAAUCAUGUAAAUGAAUUACAAACACUUAAAGAUCAACAUCAUCAACAAAUUUUGGAUUUGCAAAACCAAAGUAGAAUUGAUAUGGACUUAGUAAAGAAUCAGAAGCUCAAAGAGAUAACAGAGCUUAAUAAAAAGCACCAUGAUGAACUUGAAAAACUACAAAUUGAUCAUAGAAUUGAACUCGACCAAAUGAACUCUCAAAAAUUGAAAGAAAUAACCGCUAUGAACGAUAAACAUCAUGAAGAAAUCAUUGCUAUACAAAACUCGAGUAGAAAUGAAUUAGAUAAGAUCCAAAAGACUAGACAACAAGAAGUUUCUGGAUUGAUGGCUCAAAGAGCAAAGGAUUUACAAGAAAACACAAAAACAAUUGAAAAUCUCAAAAAAGAAAACUCAUCUUUGCAGGUAGAAAACAAGACAUUGAAGUCUCAACUAGAGAAUAUUAGAUUGCAAAUCAAAGAAACAUCAAAAGAAUUAACAGAAAUGCAGAGCGCUUUCUCAAAUCGUUCUAGAGUUUUCGAUGAAAGUUUGUCAUUAAUGAGAUCAACAUUAGAGAAAAUAAGAAUGAUUCUCGGUUUGCCUGCUGAUGUUUCUGUUGAAGAAAUCGCUUCUUCCGUUGAUAAUCUCAUGAAGAACUUCGCAAAGCAUCAACUAGAAGUUUGCAAAGCUCUAGAUUUGCCAAAGAGAUCUCCUCUCAAGGAAAUUCGCGGAAAAAUUAAUGAAUUAUCAGGAACUUCUCAUUCAUUACAGGAAAUAACAACUAACUUAGGUUUGCAGAAUAGUCCAGAUGCAAUCAAUGAACACAUCAAAACAUUACAUGGUGUUUGCAGAAAAUUAGAAAGUGAAGUGAGAAAACGUGACACUCAAUUAAGUGGAAUUGCAAUUUCUCUUGGAGCAGAAGAUCCAUCACAAAUAGAUAACCAGAUACAGACUAUUCUUGAAGAGAAUGAUAACUUGAAAACAGAGAUAGAUGUUUCCCAAAUGAACAAUAAAUCUUUAUGUUCAACUUUGGGAGUUGACGAAGAAGAAAACGUUGAUAGACAUGUUGACAGACUAAUUAGAGACAAAUCUCAAAUGGAAAGAGCACAAAAGAAGCUUGCUGAGCUUGUUGGUGUUGAAAAUGAUGAUAACAGUUCAGCAGUUGUUUACCAAAAAGUUGCUCAAAUGCAGAGAACUCAAGAACAAUUAACAAAAAUCCUAGGAACAGAAAAUAUCGAAGAUGCUGUUUCUGAUUUGCAUAAACAGUCAGAGGAACUUAACUCCAUUUUCGAAUCAGUUAAUAAUGAUGAAAAUGGAUCAAUUGUUUAUCAGGCAUCAUCACAAAAGGAAAUUGUUGGUCAAUUAAUCACUAAAAAUGGAAAUUUGAGUUCACAAAUGGCAGAAAUUGGAAAAUUAAUGAAUGUUUCAACUUUCCAAGAUAUUAAGCGCGCAAUUAACUUCUUGCUGAGUGAAAAUGAGAGAUUAACUAAAACAGAAGCAGAUGGUAUCGAACUCAGACAACAAAUUGCAGACAUAAUUGAUACUCCAGGAAUUUUAGAUACAACAAAUAAUGAUAUGAUUUUAGCUGCUGUAAGAAACACAAAGAAUUCAUUGACAGAAACCAAAGAAUCAUUAGACCAGCAGACUAAACUGAUGUCUAAGGCAUUGGGUGUUAAAGGAAAGACGCCAGAAGCUUUGGCAAGAGGAGCAAUCGAAAUCAGAAGAAGAGAAAAAGAAUACAAACAAACACUCGAAAGACAAAACGAGAUGACAUUUGGAAUUGCAAAAAUGUUGGGAAUUCAAUACGAUGGAGAAAAGAAGACAUAUGGAGAUAUAGAAUUAGCAAUCGGAAAAUUAAUAAGUACUACAAAUAUCCUUAAAGAUAAAGUUGGAGAAGUUGUUGGAAUCCCUCCAAACUUGAGAGAUGCCGCAUCAAUUGCCACUGAAGUCAGAAAGUUGUCUGAAUCGGCCAAAGAUUGUGAUUUGAUGAGAAAGACUGUUGGAGAGCUGGAGAAGUCGAAACAAGAGCUUCAAAGAAUUGCAUUCAAGCCAAAGAAAAAUUCUUCAUCGCAAACAGAUCCUAUACCUGAUGAAUUAGUUCCAAUUUUGCAUCAACAAGCUGAUGAAUUAAGAGAUGCAAGACAAACAAUUUUCACACAAGAAAACAAUCUUUCUAGAUCAAGAGAAGAAGCAAAUAUAUUGAGAUCUUCUCUUUCUUCGAUUUAUGAAGCAUUAGGAUCAAAUGUUUCAACACCAAGAGAAGCUGUUUAUGAAAUAGGAAGAUUAAGAAUGAGUAACAGCGAUUUAAGUAAAUCUGUUCUUGAAUAUCAAAAAAUACCAAUUCCUUCUUCUGCUUUGUCUGAAUACCAGAAGGCACAAAUGGCACAUUUAGUUGCACAAUCAGACAAACUUUACAGACAAACAGAGAACUUGAAAGAACAAGUUUCUCCAGCAAGAACUCCACGAUCUACAUAUAGCCUUUCUACCCCAUUAAAAGGAGAAACACCGAAGAGAACUCCAUUGAGCCAAAGAAAGUUCGGUUAUGACAAAAGUCCUUAUCAAGGAAGUCCAUAA